AUGGGAAGUAAGACCCUGCCAGCCCCAGUGCCUAUCCAUCCUUCCCUCCAGCUCACCAACUACUCCUUCCUGCAAGCGUUCAACGGGCUGCCCGCCGUGCCCUCUGACCACCUCUCCAACCUCUACGGCUUCAGCGCCCUGCAUGCUGUACACCUGCACCAGUGGACUUUGGGGUAUCCGGCGAUGCAUCUGCCACGCUCCUCCUUCUCCAAGGUGCCCAGCGUCGUGUCGAGCCUAGUGGAUGCACGGUUCGACCGGCCAACCUUCCCCCUCUUUCCACAUGUCAUCCAGCCCAAGCAAGAGGCCGCUAAUGUGACCCUCAAAGCCAAACCCCGCUUCGACUUUGCCAACUUAGCAGUGGCUGCCACACAAGAGGACCACUCUAAAUUGGGACAGGCAGACAGUCAGGGCUCACCCCCAGGGCUGGGCUCUUUGCUUGAGGUGACUAAACUCUCUCCAGAGAAGAAACCCACGCGGGGAAGGUUACCGUCCAAAACCAAGAAGGAGUUCGUGUGUAAAUUCUGUGGCAGGCACUUCACCAAGUCCUACAACCUUUUGAUCCAUGAAAGAACACACACCGAUGAACGGCCCUACACAUGUGACAUUUGCCACAAGGCCUUCAGAAGACAGGAUCACUUGAGGGAUCACAGAUAUAUCCAUUCUAAAGAAAAGCCUUUUAAGUGUCAAGAAUGCGGGAAAGGAUUUUGCCAGUCCAGAACGCUAGCUGUCCACAAGACACUGCACACGCAAGUAAAGGAACUGAAACCUGCCAAACUUAAGUGCUGA